AUGACUCGUCCUCUUCGAUCCAGAAGUUCUAGGGCCACCAGCUCUGAACGACAAGACUCGCCACAAGAAUUCAAAGAUGCCAAUGGAAUUAUACACACAACCUCACGAAGCUUAAGGAAAGUAAAUUAUGCAGAAGUGGAGAACAAUUACGAUUUUAUCAAUGAAGGCGAUGACAAUAACGAUAACGAUGAUGACGACGAGGACGAUGAUGAGGAAGAAGAAGUGGUGAGGAAACCUACUCGUGGCAGAUCCCGAGGAAUAUACCAGGAUAAUCAUGAGCAGGAAUUAGCCGAGCCUUCAGAGCUGAAUCACAUGGCUAAUUUUGAAUCCAGUACAACAAGCAGGAACAAGAAUCAUCAAGACGACGAGGACGCGAGUUUCCAUGAAGAAGAUGUCGACGAUGCCGAAGACGAUGAUGCCGCAGAUCCCUCCAUCGACGAGGAAUAUUUUUCUGAAGAGUCCAUUAAGAAAACUCGUCGUAGAGCAGACCGUAAUUUCAUUGUCAGCGACGAGGAAGGCGGAGACGAAGAUGUCGACAUGUCAGAGAUUUCCAGAAACCAUCGUUCGAGGCGGUCAGCCUACUCACCAGAGCGCCAGGCGGAUACAGACGAGGAUGAGGUCCUGAGAUCUGGACGGAAAUUCAGAAACUCGACAAUUCAAGCUCGUCAAAGUCGAAGACACGAACUUUCACCGCCAAGAAAGUUGAGACGUAGAGGUAGAUCUGCUUACGUGGAUGAAGAUGAGGCUACCCGAUCAGAGCGGAUUUCUCUGGCAGAUGAAUUGCGAGAAUUGAGAGAUGACAGCCCCAUAAGGGAAAAACGGUCUUUAAGGGAAAGAACAAAACCUGUCAAUUACACACUUCCUCCCCCACUACCGGAAAACUCGAUUGAUGAGUACAACAGAAUCACCAACGAGAGCAAUCCUUCAUCAUAUCCUUCUCCACGGGGCCGACGAAGACAACCUGCUGGCCAGAGCUUUGGCCCAUUGAGAAGGCUUUUCCCUACGGGUGGUCCUUUUGGUGGGAACGAUGUUACGGCCAUUUUUGGUACAAACACCAAUUUCUACGACACCUCGGCAGUUUCUCAUAACGGGGCAAAUAAGCUACUACUGGACUCUGAUUCAUCUGAGGAUGAAAUACUACCUUUGGGAGCUGCGCCGAUGAAACCGAAGAAAGCUAGUUCUAAGAAAAAGAAGCCCGAAAUCGCUGAUCUCGACCCAUUAGGGGUCGACAUGAACGUAAAGUUUGAAGAUGUGGGUGGUUUGGACAGUUAUAUUGAUCAACUCAAAGAAAUGGUAGCGUUGCCAUUGCUGUAUCCAGAGCUUUAUCAAAGAUUUGGAAUUACUCCUCCCAGGGGCGUUCUGUUCCAUGGUCCUCCAGGUACUGGUAAAACAUUAAUGGCAAGAGCCUUAGCGGCCAGUUGUUCCACAGAACAGCAAAAGAUUACAUUUUUCAUGAGAAAGGGUGCCGAUAUUUUAUCCAAAUGGGUCGGUGAAGCUGAAAGGCAACUAAGGCUAUUGUUCGAAGAAGCAAAGAAACAGCAACCCUCUAUUAUAUUUUUCGAUGAAAUUGAUGGUCUCGCGCCUGUCAGAAGUUCCAAGCAAGAACAAAUUCACGCCAGUAUUGUCUCUACAAUGCUUGCGCUCAUGGAUGGUAUGGACAAUAGAGGUCAGGUCAUUGUAAUAGGUGCUACAAAUAGGCCUGAUUCCGUGGAUCCUGCCUUGAGAAGACCGGGUCGAUUCGACAGAGAGUUCUUCUUUCCGUUGCCAGAUGUUGAGGCGCGGUCUAAGAUUCUGCAAAUUCACACUAAAAAGUGGGAUCCUGCCUUGCCUAAGCACUUCAUCGAAAAAUUAGCGUCAUUGACAAAGGGCUAUGGUGGUGCUGAUCUGCGGGCACUUUGUACCGAAGCAGCUCUUACCAGCAUUCAAAGGAAGUUGCCUCAAAUUUACCAGUCCGAUUCGAAGUUAAGCAUCGAUCCGUCGACUGUUAAUGUCAAAGCUGGCGAUUUUAUGUUGGCUUUGGAGAAAAUUGUGCCGUCCUCCGCCAGAUCAACGGGAACUUCCGCUCAACCGCUACCGGAAACUAUCAGUCUUCUGCUUGAUGAGCAAUUCGCAGAAAUCAGGGAAAAGCUCAAAGCAGUUAUGCCGCCUAAUCCAGAUUUGCAGCGCAAGGGCGCUUCUAUAAUCAAACACUACGCGGAGUAUGAAGAGGACGAUUCGGACGAGGCAGAAGACGGUUUUUUGAAGGCGGAGUUUUUGAGAACCAUUGAGAAGUCGCGAAUCUGUAAACCACGGCUUGUAGUCACAGGUGCGAAGGGAAAUGGCCAGCAGUAUAUUGGAGCAGCCAUCCUCCAUUACCUGGAGGACUUUAACGUCCAGAUGCUCGACGUUGGGACCUUGGUAAGCGAUGCCACAAGAAGCGUCGAGGCCGCUAUUGUGCAGGCUUUCACAGAAGCUAGAAGACGUCAGCCCUCGGUGCUUUACAUUCCAAACAUUGAGAUUUGGAUUCUAACCGUGCCAGAGAGUGCAAUUUUAACACUUGCUAGUCUGUUAGGAACGCUUAAAACUACUGAAAGAGUGAUGCUUCUCGCUGUUGCCAAUGGGUUGAAAGAAAGGGAUUUUUCAGAAGGUGACCUAUCUCCUUUAGAUCUGGGAAAAGCUAUUUGCAAGAUACGGAGACCUUCAUCGUCUCAAAGAAGGUUAUAUUUUGAUACAAUCACGAAGCUUCUCAAAAUGAAGCCAACUAGUUUUGUCUCCGGUCGAAAAAGAACCAAGCCAUUGCCUCGUCUACCUGUCGCUACUAAGCCAACAACUUUAGAGGACUUUGACGAGAAUGGACAACCUUUGAGUGAAGAGGCAAAAAUACUAAAAUCUUUGAAAGCUCACCAAUCGCAUGACAUGAAAUUAAAGAACACCUUAAAGAUCAAGCUCUCGGGCCUAAUGGAUCUUUUCAAGAAUAGAUAUAAACGAUUUAGGAAACCGCCUAUUGAUGAUGCCGCGCUCGUGCAUUUGUUUGAACCUAAUGCAGCAUUGCAAGGCAAUCCCGAAUAUCAACCGGCAUACGUCAAAGAGGACAACAUGAUACUAGAGUGUCUCACCGGCAGAAAAUACUUCAACAUGGACUUGGACAUUGUGGAAGAGAGACUGUGGAACGGAUUUUACUCGGAACCACGUCAAUUUUUGAAGGACAUAGAACUCAUCUAUCGUGAUGCGCACACCAGCUGUGAUCGCGAGCGUAUCAUAAAAGCGUCUGAAAUGUUUGUCAACGCGCAGAUGGGUAUCGAAGAGCUAUCACAACCAGAAUUUGUCCAGGAGUGCAAGGCUGCCAGACAGCGAGAGGUCACUCGCCAAAAGCUAUUUUUACAGGAAGGAGCCGAACAAAAAGCCAAAGAGGAAGCCGAGCUGACAGUUCAUGACGAGCCCGAAGCGCUUAUUCCGGAAGCAAAUGAGAGUCAAAUUUUGAACAGUCCAUCAAAAUCUUUUGGUGCGAGUAACCCUGAGCCCGCAAUCACCCACGAAUCGAGUCCUGGUGACGAUGGCGUGGAUAACGCAGUGCUAGGGGUAGCCUCGGGAGGCCAAUUGCAAUGCGAAGCUCACCCGGAAGCUGAUAUACCAAGUAAUGACGAACUCGAUGUAGAGAAGUUUGAAAGCGUUCCGAGUAAAAUAGGUUCAGAAAGGGAAUCGGUUGAACGGCAGGAGGACACAACUCAAUCAGAAAAUCUCGCCAAAGAGAACCAUCUUGGUAGUGGAAAUAAGAGCGAGACGAUUGCGACCUCUUCCACAUCUGAGCAAAGUGACGAAAGGGAAAAAGUCGUCCCGGAGCCAUCCCCAAGCAUUAUUUUAGAUGAAGAUAGGAUCCAACAACUGCUGACCGAACUAGAAGUAAACACCAAGGGUUCAACUGUUGAGCAAUUAGAGGAAAAGUACGCGUCCAUUUUGAGCAUUGUUUGGGACGAAAGACUAUCUUGGGAAAAGUCGCUUGUCCUUGACAAGCUAGAGCAGUUUAUCAAAAUUCCAUAA